AUGGGUGGGCCCUCGAACGCGGCGCCGGACAUUAAACCUCCGCCAGCUUCAUAUGCACCAUCACAGCCGCCUAUGGGUUUUGAUAACCCAAUCCCGACGUACCCAGGUUCUUCCGGGUACAAUCAUUUCGAGAACCCAUCGGGGUACCCAGCGGACUAUGGAACUCAAGACCCGUACCUUACAGCUGCGCAGUAUCAUCACCUUUACUAUUCUUCUUACCCUCCGGUUCAUCCAACUGGAUACCCGGUGCAGGGUUAUCAGUACCCGCCGUACCAGCAACCUCCUCCACCACUACAGCAGCAACAAACUCAGGAAAUCCUAGAGAGGUUAGAUAAGGUUGAGCACAAAGCUAGAAAGGCCAAGGAAAAGUAUGGUAGCUUCAUGAAGGGCCUUGCAGACCUUAUCAAAGGGAAGAAGAAGUAG